GAAAUCCAAGAUGGUGGUGCUCGGCUGACCCGGCUGCGGUGAGGACCAGGGCCUCGGGGGCGGGGUCCAGCAGGUGUGUCCAGCAGACGCUCGCACACGCCUGCGGCCCGUGUUCGGCAGGUGACGGAAGUGCGGCCUCGGCCCACCCGACGCCUCUCAGGGAACCCUGCGCCUCCUGCCAUCGCUGCUAUGUCCGGGCUCAGCAACAAGCGCGCCGCGGGCGACGGGGGCUCAGGGCCCCCCGAGAAGAAGCUGAGCCGAGAAGAGAAGACCACCACCACCCUCAUCGAGCCCAUUCGUCUUGGGGGCAUUUCUUCCACGGAGGAGAUGGACUUGAAAGUACUACAGUUCAAGAACAAGAAACUGGCAGAACGACUGGAACAGCGACAAGCUUGCGAAGAUGAACUCCGAGAACGGAUUGAAAAGUUGGAGAAGCGGCAGGCCACAGAUGAUGCCACACUCCUCAUAGUCAACCGAUAUUGGGCCCAGCUGGAUGAAACUGUAGAAGCCCUUCUCCGAUGCCAUGAGAGCCAGAGGGAACUGUGUGCAGGGACAGAGGCCUCUGGGAGCCAGGAGGGGCCAACACGUGACAUUAUCCCUCUCACAGAGCCAGGCACAUCAGAACUGAAUGAGCCCCUGCCAGCGCAGCUGCGACCACCUCUCAGUGAGCCAGCCUUGGCUUUUGUGGUUGCGCUGGGUGCCAGCAGCAGUGAGGAAGUGGAGCUGCAGCUGCAGGGACGGAUGGAAUUCUCCAAGGCUGCUGUGUCCAGGGUGGUUGAGGCCUCAGACCGCCUACAGCGUCAGGUGGAGGAGCUCUGUCAGCGAGUGUACAGCCGGGGAGACAGUGAGCCUCCCACUGAGAUGGCAUGGGCACGCACCCGAGAGCUGGGUCGGGAGAACCGUCGACUGCAGGACUUGGCCACUCAGCUGCAAGAGAAGCACCACCGCAUCUCGUUGGAGUACUCUGAGCUGCAGGAUAAAGUGACAUCAACAGAGACCAAGGUCUUGGAGAUGGAGACAACAGUGGAGGACCUGCAGUGGGACAUUGAGAAGCUGCGCAAGCGAGAGCAAAAGCUCAAUAAGCACCUGGCAGAGGCCUUGGAGCAGCUCAACUCUGGCUACUACGUGUCUGGGAGCUCCUCAGGCUUUCAGGGAGGCCAAAUCACACUUAGCAUGCAGAAGUUUGAGAUGUUGAAUGCAGAGCUGGAAGAAAAUCAGGAAUUGGCCAAUAGCCGCAUGGCAGAACUAGAGAAGCUGCAGGCUGAGCUUCAGGGGGCUGUUCGAACCAAUGAGCGUCUUAAGGUAGCCCUGCGGAGCCUUCCUGAAGAGGUGGUACGUGAGACAGGGGAGUACCGCAUGCUACAGGCCCAGUUUUCACUUCUCUACAAUGAGUCUUUACAAGUGAAGACCCAGCUAGAUGAGGCUCGGGGGCUGCUGCUGGCCUCCAAGAACUCACACUUGAGACACAUUGAGCACAUGGAGAGUGAUGAGUUGGGGCUGCAAAAGAAACUCCGCACAGAAGUUAUCCAGUUGGAGGAUACCCUGGCCCAGGUGCGAAAGGAGUACGAGAUGCUGCGCAUCGAGUUUGAACAGAACCUGGCGGCCAAUGAGCAAGCUGGGCCUAUCAACCGUGAGAUGCGCCACCUGAUUAGCAGUCUUCAGAAUCAUAACCACCAGCUAAAAGGGGAUGCCCAGCGAUAUAAGCGGAAACUUCGAGAAGUACAGGCUGAGAUUAGCAAGCUCCGGGCCCAGGCCAGCGGCUCUACCCACAGCAUCCCUAACUUGAGCCAUCCAGAGGACUCUAGCCUCAGUACCCUACCUCCAGGGAAAGAAGAUGGUGGGCCAGGCCCUGGAGGUACUCCUGAAAACAAAAAGGAGAUGACUUUAGUGCCUGGAAUCACCACUACUACCUCCUCAGUAAAGAAAGAGGAGCUGGUCCCCUCUGAAGAUGAUGCCCAGACCCUAACCCCUGGGACCCAGGGCUUGUCCUCCCGGGGCCGAGAACCUGAGGCCAGACCCAAGCGAGAACUUCGGGAACGGGAAGGGCCUAGCCUAGGACCCCUACCUGUAGCCUCAGCUCUCUCAAGGGCUGAUCGAGAAAAGGCCAAGCUGGAGGAAGCCAAGAGGAAGGAGUCAGAACUGCUCAAAGGUCUUCGAGCAGAACUCAAGAAGGCCCAAGAAAGCCAGAAGGAGAUGAAACUGCUGCUGGACAUGUACAAAUCAGCACCCAAGGAGCAGCGGGAUAAAGUGCAACUCAUGGCAGCCGAACGGAAGGCCAAGGCUGAGGUAGAUGAACUUCGAAGCCGCAUCCGGGAGCUGGAGGAGAGAGAUCGAAGGGAAAGCAAGAAGAUUGCAGACGAGGAUGCUCUGCGGCGUAUUCGGCAGGCAGAGGAGCAAAUUGAACACCUGCAACGCAAAUUAGGUGCCACCAAGCAGGAGGAGGAGGCUCUGCUGUCAGAGAUGGAUGUGACAGGUCAGGCUUUUGAGGACAUGCAGGAACAAAAUGGGCGGCUGCUACAGCAGUUGCGGGAAAAGGAUGAUGCCAACUUUAAGCUGAUGUCAGAGCGUAUCAAGGCCAACCAGAUUCAUAAGCUGCUUCGAGAGGAGAAGGAUGAGUUGGGCGAGCAGGUUCUUGGCCUCAAGUCCCAGGUGGACGCCCAACUGCUGACUGUGCAGAAACUGGAGGAAAAGGAGCGGGCUUUGCAAGGCAGUCUUGGGGGUGUGGAGAAGGAGUUGACACUGCGCAGCCAAGCCCUGGAGCUUAAUAAGAGGAAGGCUGUAGAAGCAGCCCAGCUGGCAGAGGACCUGAAGGUACAGCUGGAACAUGUACAGACUCGGCUUCGAGAGAUCCAGCCAUGCCUGGCAGAGAGCCGGGCUGCUCGGGAGAAGGAGAGCUUCAACCUCAAGAGGGCUCAGGAGGACAUUUCUCGGCUGCGACGCAAACUGGAAAAACAGAGGAAGGUGGAGGUUUAUGCAGAUGCAGACGAGAUCCUGCAAGAAGAGAUCAAGGAGUACAAGGCGCGGUUGACCUGCCCCUGCUGUAACACCCGCAAGAAGGAUGCAGUACUUACCAAGUGCUUCCACGUUUUCUGCUUUGAGUGUGUGCGGGGCCGCUAUGAGGCCCGCCAGAGGAAGUGCCCCAAGUGCAAUGCAGCCUUUGGUGCCCAUGACUUCCACCGUGUGUACAUUAGCUGAACCUAAAUCUCAGGGGACUUUGGAACACCCUUUUACCCUAGGGGCUGUGCCCUCAGCUCCCCCUAUUCCAGGUGCAGUGGCUCCAAACUCCAUGAGCCCAGCCCCUGUGUACUUAGUUUGGGGCUGUUGGUGCAUGCUGAUGAGGUAGGAUUAACCAGUCUGAGUUCCAUUUUUUCCUGAUGGUUAGAUCUGCAUCCUAGGGGGCUCUCCCAAGUCCAAAGCAUCCAGCUGUAGCCUUGGAAGCUAACCCUAACCCUGCUCCAACUGGGAAGACAGACCCAUCCUACCCAUAAAGGGGAAUUUCUCCACCAAGAAAAGGCUCACUUACCUGUCUAUACACCCACAGUGAAGACCAGUGAUCCCUUGCUUGUCACUGGGUCCUGGGCCUAGAGAGCCUUUCUUUAUCCACUUGCCCCAGGCCUGGACAGGGCUUCAGCCUUCUUAAGGAGUUCCCUUGAGCUCUGGUAUGCCUCUUGUAGUACGAGCUGAAGGUGCACUCUGGAGUAUCUUCCCCAUUCAGGGAAACUCUGCCUUUAUUGUGCUCACUGCCCACCUCUCAAAUGCUGAACCAAGGUCAUCAAUUUCUCUUGUAACCAGGCUCUUCCCAAUCUCUACUUCUCUCCCAAGGUCACUUUGCCCCACCUCAUUCGUCCUCAGGUUCCUUUGGGUUCCUGGCCCUUGUCCUUGCCCUCUUUCAUCCUGUUGGUCUGAAACUGCUGUAGAAGUACAACUUGCCAAGAGGGGACAGCCCAGCACCGGCUGCUGGACCAACUUCCAGUCAUUCCAGGUCAAAGAGGGUUGCCCGAUACCCCAUGGCAUCUGUAUCCAGAUCCUGCAGUAUCUGCCCAAACUCCCAUGAGCAAUAAAGGCAGCAUCCAGUGGGGCUGAGAGAUAGAACUAUGACAGUUGUCUGGAUCAGCUUGAACUGACAGCCUCUGCUCUAGGGAUGUCUUGAAUGGGCCGUUAAUUGUUAAGAAUAAACAACCAACCCUAGGCCUACAGAGCAACCAGUCCACUUGGUCCAAACCUAAGUCUGUAGUUUUUAAGUGCUGUACCUAGUACCUAGCAGUCCCUUGGGUUGUUGUGAAUCUGGAGUAGGGGGCUGCCUAACUUUGAGACCCUGCUCCAGCCCUCCACAACAGCUGUUAUACAAGGACCUGACUGUCAGGGCCCUGGCUGGACUUUGGAAAGCUGAGCCUAGCCCAUCUGGAAAUAGUGCCUAGUUGGCUCACCCCAGGCCUUGUGAGCAGAAGUUCGCCAUGCCCCUCCUCAGUUAUUGAUCGUUUGGAUAACAGAAACCUUUGGGUUGCAUUCUUGGAGUUGUCCCCUAUCGCCCAGGACGAGAAAGUUUUCCUAUUGCUCCAACCAAAGACAGGAGUGAACCCAGUCUCAGUGUGUUACUUAUCGGCCUUGGCCACGCCUAUCUCAUGGGCACACAGACCAGGACGCCUCAGCGGGGUGACAUUUAAUUCCAGCCUGCUUGGGCCGCCAGCCUCUCGGGAGCUUGUGGAGCUUUGCGGAGCUUUGCGGAUUCAGCGUGCUGUAGGCUCUUCGGAUGGAGCCUUCACCCAGGCCACGCUGGGACUGGCACCGAGGCCUGUGCCGAGCGUGGGUGUUGGUGUGGUAUUCAUGGCCAUGGUGGUGGCCUCAGACUUGGCAGCUGCGAGCCUUCAAAAGGCCCCAGGGCUUUUUUUUAGCGUCCUGCGUGAGUGGUAACUCUGGGCCCUUGCUGCUUUCUGACCCCACCUAGUUUCGGGGGGGAGCCGCAGUGGCUGAACCAAGUUGGACUUGAGACAGAUGCAGGUGAUGGUGGCCUCAGGUGUGGAGUUGGCAGCGAUGGGGACGCUCCCAGAAGCGCAGGUUGCAGUGGGGGAUGACAUGGGACCACUGAGAAAAUGACUGCAGCUUGGCUUGCAGUGUUGAGGUGGAAAGGGUGGGGAAAACGCAGGGUAUUGCGUUAUAGAGACGAUGCUGCUACCUGAGCCAGUGAAGAGAACCAGUGCCUGAGAGGCUUGUGCAGCGGCGCUAGUCAAUCAGCACGAUCUUUUUGGCGUCAUCACCACAUGGACUCCUUAAGUAAAUGCAAAUAACUCCACAUCACUUCCCUAGAUAGAGUCCCUAGAGGCAACUCCCUCCCCCAUAUGAGUGAGAGGAACCUGAAGUUCUGUGUGGGUCUUCACACCUCAAGCCAAAAAAAUGGGGGUAAAGAUCCCAGGAACUCAGUACCUAGACUAAUUAUUGCAGCCUUGUCAGCAACAAUGGAAACAAUAAACCUUGGUUAACUGUCA